AGCUUUUUCAGCUUCAAAAAAUGAUGAUAUGUACCGCAACUCGAUCAAAUUACGCCCUUUAUCAACUCUGUUUGGAACCCAUGUACCUUCCUUGCUGAACUCCAGCAUCAGAGAUUUAGUCCAACAAGGACGUUAUUUCGAGGCCCUUCAGUUAUAUGCCAAACAAUCUUAUUUCCCUCUCUGUACGUCCAAAUUCACCUUCCCUGCUCUCCUCAAAGCCUGUGCUUCUCUCUCAAAUCUUGGCCAUGGAACCGCUAUCCAUGCCACCAUCAUCACAAUGGGUUUUCAAUUUGACCCUUACACUGCCGCUUCACUCAUUAAUAUGUAUUUCAAAUGCGGGUCUCUUUGCAAUGCAGUCCAGGUGUUUGAAAAUGGGACGCACUCGACAGCAGUGGCUCAGGAUGUUACAUUUUGGAACUCUAUGAUUGAUGGGUUCUUCAAAAAUGGGCUUAUCAAGGAGGGCUUGUUUCAGUUUCAUCGAAUGCAGUCGUCUGGUGUUAGCCCAGACGGAUAUUCUCUUUGUAUUCUCCUUCGUGCGCUCGAUUCCAAUUUUGGUGUUCGAAGUGGAAAGGAAAUCCAUGGUUAUGUUGUUAGAAAGUCGUUUCUUUAUGACACUUUUGUGAUAACUGCGUUGAUUGAUAUGUAUUCCAAUUUCGGUUGGCCAAUGGGUGCUUGGAAUGUUUUUGAGAGGCUGCAGGAUAAGAAUAGUAGUAUUGUAGUUUGGAAUGCGAUGAUAAAUGGUUUUUAUGAGAAUGGAUGGUGGAAUGACAGUCUGGAGCUGUAUACAUUGGUAAAGAAUGAGGGUUACAAACUUGUGGCUUCUACGUUAUCUACUGCAUUGGCUGCUUGUUCUCAUGUUCGAUAUUUAGACUUCGGAGGGCAGGUUCAUGCUGAUGUGAUUAAGGUGGGUUGUGAGGACGAACAAUAUGUUUGUACUUCUCUAUUGAGCAUGUAUGCUAAGUGUGGAUUAGUUGAAGAUGCAGCAAAGACUUUUAACUCUGUAGCAAAUAAAGGAGUUGAGAUAUGGAACUCCAUGAUCUCAGCUUAUGUUGGGAAUAACACUGCUUAUGAUGCUUUGGAUAUGUACUAUCAGAUGAGAUCAGGUGCAAUUCCUUCUGAUUCAUUCACUAUAUCAGAUAUUCUAGUAGCUUGCAGUGUGAUGGAAUUGUAUGAUUUUGGGAGGGCAAUUCAUGCAGAGAUCGUUAAAAGACCAAUACAGAAUAACCUUGCUGUGCAGAGUUCUCUUUUGACUAUGUACUCAAAGUCUGGAAGUCUGGUCAAUGCUCUUGAUGUUUUUGGCAGCAUGGAGAGAAAGGAUGUAGUUGCUUGGGGUUCUAUAAUAUCAGGUCAUAGCCAAAACAGGAGAUUCAAGGAGGCUCUGGAUUUGUUUAAAGCAAUGGAGUCCAAUGGUAUGAAAGCAGAUCCUGAUAUUAUGGCAAGUGUAAUAAAUUCCUGUGUGGGAUUAGAAAAUAUAGAUCUUGGUUGCAGUAUCCAUGGGUUUGUCAUAAAGAGAAGAUUGGAAUUGGAUGCCUUCGUUGGUGGUGCCCUUAUGGAAUUUUACUCUAAAUGGGGACAACCAAGGCUGGUUAAAACUGUGUUUUCUGACAUUUUGAACAAGAACUUGGUGGUUUGGAAUUCUUUAAUUUCAUGUUACUGCCAAAAUGGUCUCUUAGAUCUUUCAAUUAGUCUUCUUCCUGAAAUGAUGCAGCAUGGCUUGUAUCCGGACCCUGUGUCAAUUACCACCGUUCUUCUUGCUAUCUCAUCAGCAGUGGCAUUGCUUAAAGGGAAGGCAAUUCAUACUUACAAGAUGAGACUUCAAAUUCUACAUGAUAUUCAAAUGGAGAAUGCUUUGAUUGACAUGUACAUGAAAUGUGGAUCCUUUGUGUAUGCUGAGCACGUGUUCCAUAACACGUCUACUAGGAAUUUAGUCACUUGGAACACUAUGAUUUCUGGUUAUGGAUCUCACGGAGAAUUCCCUAAAGCAAUCAAUUUUUUCAAUGAAAUGAGAACCUCUGGUAUCUACCCUGAUGGUGUGACAUUUCUUUCCCUGAUUUCAUCUUGCAACCAUUCAGGUUUGGUCAAUGAAGGCCUGAAAUUAUAUGAACUGAUGAGAGAAUACAGAGUUGAGCCUGGAAUGGAGCACUACAUUAACAUGGUGGACCUGUUAGGUCGUGCUGGAUUCUUGGAUGAUGCUUAUGGUUUCAUAAACAACAUGCAUAUUGAGGCUGACCAGAGCGUCUGGCUAUGUUUAUUAUCAGCUUGCCAAGUCCAUCGCAAGAUAGAGCUUGGGGAAUUGGCUGCCCAAAGUCUAUUCAAGAUGGAUCCUACCAACGGUAGCUACUACAUACCCUUGUUGAACUUGUAUGUAGAUGCUGGUUUACAAGACAAGGCAGCAAAUUUGAGGUCAUCAAUGAGGCAAAGAGGAUUAAAGAAGACCCCAGGAUGCAGCUGGAUUGAAGUGAAAAACCAGGUUGAUGUUUUCUUCUCAGGUGAUUCAUCCUCUAGAAAGACAAUUCAAAUCUAUGAAGCACUUCAAAGUCUCAGGAGUAAUAUGAAAAGAACAGAAGAUUCUCUUGAAGUUGAAGAUGCGGUCUAAGAAUCAGAGAAUCGGAUAUGAUUUUCUCUAAACAGCUUUUAAUCAUCAGCAACUGUUGCUUUGAUGUUGAAGGAGCUUUUAGGACUUGAAUUCUACAAGAAGCCAUAAAUGUUGAAUACAAGUGGAUAUUUUUGGAGGUUUUUGACUCUUUCUCGAAUGAGAUUAAGAGUGAUUUUGGCAAAGACGGAGUUCUGUGGAGCAGGGAAAGAAUGGAAACGCGUGACUGACUGGGUGCCAUAUAUACAUACAUGAUGAAGAAACCAAAAAUCCAAUUGCGAUCAUCAUAGAAAUUACAAAAUAUCUUCAACAGUUUUGUAUCUUGUUUACAUGGCGAAGGUAAAAAGUGUACCCUUGUCAUUUGACCAUCAUAAGUGGACCAAAAUUUGAAACCCA